AUGUCCCGCGCCGCCUCUCAUACCUCAAUCUGUGUCGAACGCCGGUAUCGCUUCACCUGCCAUGGCGCUGGCCUGAUCUUCAACAAAGCAUGGCCCAUGUUGGGCAAAGGCCACCGCAGUAGCCCGCUGGUUACAAUGACGACCCGUGUGCUGCUCAUCGACAACUACGAUUCGUUCACGUAUAACAUCUUCCAGUACAUGGCCCAGCUCGGCGCCCACGUGGAUGUGAAGCGCAACGACCAGAUCACUGUGGACGAGAUCCGCGACAUGAACCCGGACCGUAUCAUGAUAUCUCCUGGCCCGGGCUACCCCAAGGAUGCGGGCGUGUCGUGCGAUGUGAUCCGCGAAUUCGCUGGUAAAAUCCCAAUUGCCGGCGUGUGUCUGGGCCACCAGUGCAUGUUCGAAGUCUUCGGCGGCAAGGUGGACCACGCCGGCGAGAUCGUGCACGGCAAAGCUUCGGUCAUGGUAAAUGACGGCAAGGGCCUAUUCAAGGGUAUGGCACCCGAGUUCAAAGCAAUCCGUUAUCACUCACUUGUGGGGCUGCCGGAGACGCUACCCGACGCACUCGAGGUGACGGCCACUGUCAAGGGCACCAACAUGAUCAUGGGCGUGCGACACAAGCAGUACAAAGUCGAGGGCUGGCAGUUCCACCCAGAGAGCAUCCUUACCGAGGACGGUCUUAAACUCAUCCAGAACUUCCUCGACCUGUGA